AUGCCUUCUACAAAACCCUCAUCAACACGCAAAAUUCAGCCUCAAGAAAAGAGACCAAGGGGCCCAUCAAACAACGCCCCGCGAAUCAAGAAAGCCGCCCAAAGCAAGUUCACAGGCCGUGCAAGUCGAAUUGAGACAGGUACUUCGACUUCGGCUCGGCGUAAACGUUCCCUGGAAAAUGGAGACAAUGAUCAGGCAUUCACCACCACUCCCGUCGCCGUUUCGAAAAGAGUAAAGACCAGCUCGGGCGUGUCGAAACGCGCCGCCGAGCCUGAACCUGAGACUCAAUCCCGCUCUACUGUCAUCAACCAAGUCCCUACCGAGAAGCUUACAGUACUCAUCUUUGGCACUGGUGAAGGUGGCGAACUUGGUCUUGGCCCCGGGAAGAAGGAGGUUUUACGUCCUACCCUCAAUCCGCUUCUUGAUGCUAGCGAUCCUUCUGCCUUCCACAUUGUCCAACUUGCCUGCGGCGGUAUGCAUACGGUUGCAUUGACAGCGGAUAAUAAGAUUAUCACUUGGGGGGUGAACGAUGAGUACGCUCUUGGCCGAGAUACGCAGUGGGAGGGUAAACUACGCAGCAUCGACGCCAAUUCAGAGGACAACGACGACGACGACGACGACGAUGAGGCAGACAUGAAUCCUAAAGAAUCAACACCUACAGAGAUUCCGUCAGAUUAUUUUCCUCCAGGUACUCAAUUUAGCCAGGACGCUGCUGGUGACAAUUGCAGCUUUGCGCUUACCACUACUGGUCUUGUUUACGGAUGGGGCACGUUUCGCGACUCUCGAGGUGAGCAAGGUUUCCGGUAUGACGAGCGUGGAAAGAUCGUCAAAAAACAAGCCAGGCCCUUUUAUAUCGAGAGCCUCCAAAAUAUCACACAAAUUUGCUGUGGCGAUAAUCACGCUUUAGCUCUUGAUACUGGAGGGAAUAUCUGGGCCUGA